AUGACUCUUGGUAAAUCAUUUCAGACUCUUACAGUCUUUGUCAUCAUACCAUUGAUGCUUGCUGUUCAUGCAAAUAAAUUGACAUUAUCAGCUGCAUUGGACAUUAUAGUUUGGUAUAUAGCAGUAUCAUUUGGAAUAUUUAUAUUCAAGACACCAAUUAAACUCUAUUUAAUUGUGCGUGAGAAAUCAAGAUUGUUAAAUGAUAAAAAAGAUACCUAUACAUCACGUGAUCAACAGGAUAUUGUGAGAAAACAUCUUUUGAAUCACUUUAAUACCCGAAUCGAUGACAUUUAUUAUUCUCCCCCUCCUCCUCAAUCCAAUAGACAGGAACCAGUUUUAAACUCUGAUGAUCAAUUUCAACAACAACAACAACAACAUGGAUAUGAACAAAUUCUCAAACAAGUUACGGGAAUGUAUACAGACGAAAAGAUUAAAUCAAUCAUCCAAGACCAAUUAAAACUUGUCCUCGAAUCUAUGCACCAACAACAAAUGAUUUCCCUAGCCAAACAACAUCAAAUAGAAAUGAAAAAGAUUAAAAAGGAAUUAUCAGAGUGGUCAAACAGAAGAAAUAUUGAACUCACAUCUAUUGAAUUAAAAGUAAACUCUAUGGAAUCUAGACUAUUAUCUCUAGAGAAUCAAUUGGAAUUGAGAGAACUACACCAAACGGCUGUCAUUCCUUCAUCUUCUUCUUUUUCUAGUCUCAACACAAAAAAUAAUAACAAUGUCGAUGAUAAAGGAUCCUUGAUUUCAUCAUUAUUACAUUUUCCAACUAGAAUUAUGUUUGGUACAAUCGAGGAAUAA